GAUGUCUGUGAAGAAAUUGCCAAAGAACUCAAAAUAUCACCCUUAGCCCUACCCUUUUUUACCCUGGUUUCCAGACCAGAAGGUCACUUACUCAACCAACAAAAGAAACUGUCCAAAACAGAAUGUGAACAGAAAUAUGACUUUAAACUAGCAUUCAAGGCAUGCCGAGCAUCAAGAUUCAAACAGCCUGACAUUGAUGAUAUAAAUGUCAUAAAGUAUUUGUUUCACCAGAGUCGACAGGAAUUUCUUCAGCACAAAAUCACCUUUCCUGAAGAAGAAAAAGAAGAUAAGAAACAUUUUGUGAAGUUGGUGGUUCUUGAAUUGAUACAUAGCGCCACACGGCAUCAAGUCAAACCACAAAAGCUAGUUGAUGAUGCAAAACAGUACAGAGUAACAGAGUUGUUGAGAAGAGAUGUAUUUCGACAAUAUGGCAUCAGAGAAGUUAAAAAAUACAUCAAAAAACUCCUGCCAAGUUUUCAAUCAUUGUCCGAAGAAAAGUUAAUGUUAGAAUACCUUCAUGUGGURGAGCAAUCUGAAAAGUUCUUUGUGUUUACAUUCACUGUGUACAAGCAAUUUGUAGCAAAUGGAAGAAAUCAUAAUGUGCAGUAUGAACUACUUAUUAGCCCUCAAUUUGGAAUUAAGAAAAAGGAAGUUGAUCAAGCUAAUCAAUCAAGCCAAGUACCAGAAGUUAUUGUCAAAGAUUUUUCGCAAGUUUGUGGUUUGGAGAUCGAACAAACACAAAGUAAUCAAAUAAUCAUAUCGAGAAUGGAAUCUAAAGCAGAGGUUUUAUCUGCAUGUUCACCUCAAGAUGCUCAAUCAAUCGUAGCAAUUAUCAAUGGGUAUUACCGACUUCUUGUAAACCGCUACAGAAAUCUAAAUGGUUUGCAAAUGCCUUUGAAAUUUCAUGGACCAAUAAGUCGUGAAAUGAGUAUGUCAAUCUUGCAAGCAAAGGGUGAAGAGGAUGGACUGUUCUUGAUCAGGCAAAGCAGGAGAGUGUUUAGUAACUAUGUACUGUCUCUAAUGUAUGAUAAAGGCAUCAAACACUAUGAAAUCAUUAAAAAUGAUGGUCUCUUUAUGCUGAAAGACACUACCAUCGUUAAGAAGUUCAAAAACCUUGAUGCCUUCAUCAAGUACUACAAGGAAAAUCAGGAUGGCCUUUCAGUUUGCUUGAAGAACAUUUGCCCUCCGAGUGAGACAGAUAAUGAUGCCCUAUUGAAUGGUUAUCCUCUUGUACCUGUUGCACCACGCCCUCAAGAUCUGAACCAGUUUGGUUUAGAAUCUAUCAACACACUAGACAUCAAACUCUUACGUCCCAUUGGAAAGGCUGGAGAGUUUGGAAAUGUUAUUUUAUCAGAGUGGACUACAAAGAAAGGAGAAAACCCUCAGAAUAUAGCAGUGAGAAAGUUAAAGAAGAAAAUUCUUGAUGAGAGCUUUUUUGAUGUUGAAAAGAGAUUAAUAAAACUGAUAAAUGUUAACAUCAUUCGCCAUUAUGGACUAAGCAAAUUGAAAGACAGUGUUGGAUUGAUCACUGAAUAUGCUCCAGACAAUCUUGAAACCUAUCUAAAGAAUGCUGUUUCCCAACCAGAAAGGAAAAGCAUCAGCAAGAAAAGUGUGAUAUUGUUUGCUGCACAGAUAGCAGAAGGCAUGAUGUAUCUCAAGGACAUGAAAUGUGUCCAUGGCCGACUCAAAGCACAUAAUAUUCUAGUUGCUACAGAUGAACAGAUCAAGAUUGGUGAUAUUGGGUUGAUUGACCUAAAGAACCAUGGUGGAGAAUUCAUGAUAUUGUUGGCAUGCCCUAGAAAUGUUAGUAGAUCCUAACAACACCCAUCCAACUCAUGAAAGUGAUGUCUGGUCUCUUGGUGUUACCAUGUGGGAAAUGUUUGCUCUCAAGAGGCCGUUCCACAGCAGUACUUCUUCUAGUCCUCUGCCACGUGAAGAGAUCCUAAAACGAUAUUACAGAAAGCAAUACUUGAGUACAGAAAGAGAGAACCUACCAGAAGCUGUGGCAGUCGUAAUCCAAAAGUGCUGGAACCCACUUGAGGAGGACCGCAUAUCAUUUUCAAACAUUGUAACUGCUCUACGUAGCCUCAUCUUCAGAGCAACUGCAGAAGAAUCCAUGUCAUAUUCACAUGAAUUGAUAUUAGAACAAAAGACAGAGGACUGGGAGAAGCCAAUAAUACAAACACAAGAGAAACAGCCAUCAAGCAAACAAUUGCAACUGAUUACAGCAGGUGACAGCUAUUCUAUGAUGGCCCCAAAUGAAGACAAUAAUCACCCAUUUGGAUAUACAUUAAAUACCAUUCGGGAGAGAAAAACAAGCUUACAUAGAACAUUUUCUGAUCCUGGAUCUCCUACACAUGUUUAUGAAGAAACUAUUAAUGAAAACUUGCUAGUACUACCUCAACAUACAGUCAGCCUAACACGUACAUCAUCAUACCCACAAUCUAAAUUCUUUACCCAACAAGAAAGGUCUUCACCCACAGGGGAAAACGUGGUUGCCAAUGAUGCAACUGACGAGAAGAAGGCAAGGAGCUUCACCCAACAAGCAGCAGACUGUAUGGUGUAUCAUGGAUAUGUAAGGAAUACUACAUAUGGGGUUACUAAUCAUGAUAGAGACAACCAGCUGAGGAAUGACAGUCAUUUAGAAGAGGAUCAGCCUACAAUGGAUGUAGAAGAUGAAGCUAUGGAGUUCUUAAAAACAAAGGUUUUAAAAGUGUCUUUCGAGCAAGAACACCAAGGACUUAAAGAUAAAGAAUCUAAAGAGCAGGAUAGAACAAAUCUAGAGCAAAAAGAACAUAAAGAAAAACAUGAUUCUGCGAUGGAUUUCUUGGGAAGCAUAAUGCGACAAAAAAGAAUUAUAACUGUUCCUUUAUGCACCCCUCCACAACAACGGCCGUGGCUUGGCAGUAGUACCACUGGCCAGUAUGUACCUCAUUUGGGUGUUUCCAGCCCACUUCAGCCAGGCAGUAGUACCACUGGCCAGUAUGUACCUCAUUNGGGUGUUUCCAGCCCACUUCAACCAGGCAGUACUACCACUGGCCAGUAUGUACCUCAUUCGGGUGUUUCCAGCCCACUUAAGCCAGGCAGUACUACCACUGACCAGUAUCAAGAUCAUUUUGGUGGAAUAAGUCUCAUUCAGUCAGGCAGCAGUACGGCUAGCCUAGUAAGUGAAAAUCAUACCUUAUUUGACCAGGGGCUGGAAGAUUUUGUUAUGUAUCGCCAAGAUUCUGGAACAGAAAGCACAUCUUUGGAUCAAUGUGAAACAGGAGAUUUUGCAAGUACAUGUCUAGAUAAACAUGGAUAUCAUGGAUACUUUGAGGAACAUUCUUUGUCAAGUGACACAGCAGACAAUUGUUCUGAAACAAUUGAAGAAAUAUCUAGUGGUUGGUCUUGCGAUGUUCCAACUGUAGGGUGUAGCAAUGGUUACAGAAUACAAGCACCGAUCAACACCUCACCUGUACAAGAAAACACAGAAGGACGUCAGCCAGUGUGUGAAGUUUCAGCAAGUUCAUCUGUAAAACCUGUAUUUGAAAUGAACCAGCAUCCUUCUUUAGAGAUGACAGGCAUGUUACCAUGUGACACACCUGCCACCAGUCAAGAUAACCAUAGUGAAGAGGAGUUGAGAAGACUCAGACUCAAGGAAUUGCAGGAAAAAAUUGACAAAGACUUUAGAAUUGAACAGAUAAAUCUGUCUAGACAGGAAUGCAUUGGAAAGGGCAACUUUGGCAUUGUACGCAGGGGGGUAUUACAAAAAUAUGUCAAAAGUGUGUCAAAGAAAGAGGAUGUGGCUGUCAAAGAGCUACUGAAAUGUCCAGGUGAAAACUACCUACUGGAUGACUUCAUAACUGAAGCAAUAAACAUGCAGGAACUCAAGAAAAUAAAAAAUAUCAACAUAGUCACCCCAAUUGGCAUUUGUCUCGAUACAGACCAAGAGGUUUUCAUGAUUGUAACAGAACUAGCUCCUUUGGGUGCUCUACCUAAAUACCUUAAAGAAAAAAAGGAGAGAAUUGGAGUUCAUAAACUUCUGGAAUUCUGCUUACAGAUUGCAAAUGGAAUGAAGAGCUUGGAAAAUGAAAAUGUGUUGCAUAGAGAUCUAGCAUUAAGAAACAUCCUAGUUGCAGCUGAAGAUCAAGUCAAAAUCAGUGACUUUGGAUUGUCACGACUAAGUGACUACUAUAAAGCAAGAGGUGGAAAAUGGCCAAUAAAAUGGUAUGCACCGGAGAGCCUUGAAAAUAACAAAUUCACCACAAAAAGUGAUGUCUGGAGUUAUGGAAUUACAGUAUGGGAAAUGUUCCACUAUGGAGAAAAAAAGCCAUAUGAUGGUAUUGACAAUGAAAAGGUGUUGGAAUACAUUUUAAAUGGUAACAGGCUUCCAAAACCUGACAAUUGUCCUGAUGGUGUUUAUGACAUUAUGCUGCAAUGCUGGGAUAAAGACAGCAAGAACAGACCCACGUUCUAUUGUCUUUGGAGAAAUCUAAUCCCAGAUGAAAUUAAGAAACUCCCACAAGAUGAAACUAUAAACUAACUAUGCAUGAAAUGAUGCCAUUCUUAGGAUGUCCUAAGUGAUAAGGGCAGGCUUAUUAAAUACCAUCUAGACCUCACUCAUCAACAUGAGUUCCAGUAGUUUAGUUAGUAAGAGCAUAUGACUGGCAAACAGAAGGUCACAGGUACAGUCACACCUGGGCUUGGAAUUUUUUUUGAGAAAAUGUUUUUCUUGAUGAAACACAAAUCACAUGUUAAAUAACUUUCCAAGCAAGGAAAACACCUUAAUACUUACAUUCUUAGGACAUCUGGAAACCCUAGACCCUGCACUCAGAGCACCAUACCUUUGUUGUGAAUGAAUUGUACAAAGAAGGUUUAGAUGUUAUUCAAUAUUAGAUCCAGGUAAGGGGGGGGGAAUGUACUCCAUAAUUUUGCCUGUUAGUGAAGUACACUUUUACCCAGGUAAACCACAGGUAGACCAAGCUUAGAUUUUCGAUUCUAGAUGUGAAUACACUCUUAGUAAUAAUCCAUAGUUAUGUAAAUGGUUACACCAGAUAAAGCUAGACUGUAUAACCUUUUGACUUCAACACUAGCAAGAUAUCGUAAGAGGAUUUAAUUUCAGUACUUUACCCUUUAUUAAUAUUAAAAAACAAUAAUUUAUUAUUACAAUAAUGCACUAGAGUGCAAACAAUAUAACCGUGAAACUUUAGUAAUACUAAAUAGCACAAUUUCAUGCAAAUUCCAUUGUUUUCUAUUGUUUAAUUAGCACUAUUUUGUACUAUUUAGUAAUUAGUGUUUCACGGAUUAAUUGUUUGCACUCUAGCUCACAAAUAGCAUAGCUAAUCUAGGAGGGUUUGUGAUAUAUAAAGAAAAAUAAUACUACAAUAAAAAAUAUUAGAAUAUUA